AUGGCCUCUGUUCGGACUCUGUUGCUCUUCGGCGCCCUCUUGGCAGGCGCCUGCACAGCCAACGCAGACGACAAAUCCUUCGACGGUGUCGUCUCAAGCUCGACGUCCGGUCCCUCCGGCCACAACUCCUUCGUCGGCUCCUUCAACGACAACAGCAUUGUGGGCCUGGUGGACGACAACGGCAACCUCAGGCCCCUCAAGAGCUCCGACCUGCGCCACUCCCUCUUCGAUAGCACAGGCAAGCGUCCCCCGAUCUAUCGCCGCAAGCUGCUGGACUUCAGCUUCCACGACUUCAAUCAUUUCAACAGCGAUGGCUUCAGGAACGACAACUUUGACGGGCGCAACAACAGUGACGCAACAGCAGCCGCGGCCGCUGCUGCGGCCUCAGGCCGCAAGCUGCAGGAAUUCAAUGACUUCAACAGCUUUGGCUUUGACCGCACCAACGAGGACUUCAGGCGUGGUGACUUUGAAGGCCGUGAUGAGAGCUCUGCUGCAGCAGCAGCUGCAGCCGCAGCCGAAGGCCGGGAGAAUGGUGCAGGAGCAGCAGCGGCCGCGGCCGCCGCAUCGGAUGGCAGGCGUGGUGGGGACGCUGCAGCGGCAGCGUCGGCUGCUGCGGCCGACAGGGGAUUUGGCCGCAAGCUGCUGCAGGGCAGUGACUUUGGCAACGUCGGCAGCAACUCUUUUGGGAAUGGCCGCUCCGACAAUAACAACAACUUCAACAGCAACCACAACAACGAUUUCAACAACAACGGCUUCAACAACGACGACAACAACGGCUUCAACAAUAACAACAAUAACAGAUUCAACAACAACGGUGGCGAUGAGAGCGCCGCCGCAGCCGCAGCCGCCGCGGCCGCUAGCCGGGGCGGGGAUGCAGCGGCGGCUGCCGCAGCCGCGGCCGCUGCCGGGGGCCGCAACAGUCACGCUGCAGCCGCUGCCGCAGCCGCCGCAGCAGCGGCGGUUCUGCGGCUGCUGCGGCUGCUGCAGCUGCUGCUGGACGCUGAAUGGCGACUCAAGUAA